ACCCGAAUUUCGCCAAAUCUCAUGUGCACCGUAUACUAGGAUUAAGCCGAUGUUUUAAUAUGAGUGCUACAUUUCAUACAGGAAAAAUAGCUCAUCUAUGUACUGUAUAUAAAAAAUUAUUUUCUUGAAAGAGUGCGUUAAAUGUACACAAGCUUAUUCACACAGGAGAGAAAUCAUAUGUAUGUGAGGUAUGGAAAAAAUUCAUGUAGAAUAAAGGCUGUUUCAAAUCAGCAUAUCUUUAUUCACAGAGCGAAAAAACCUCGUGUAUGGGAGGUAUGUAACUAGACAUUUUUUUUUAAAGGGUCACUUUCGUAAAUAUGCUUACUAACACAAGUGACAAACUUUCUAUGUGUGAAGUUUGUAAUUCAUCAUUUAGUUAAGAGUUAAGUCAUUGAAGAGUACUUUGAAUACACAUAUAUUUGUUCACUCAGGACAAAAACCUCAUAUGUGUGAGAUAUCUAACAAGACCCAAAAGGAAAACUUAAAUAGGUAUAUUCUUACUCGCACAAGAGAAAAGCACCAUAUGUGUAAGGUGUGCAACAAGUCAUUUAGUCAAAAGUGGUACUUAACUGUGCACAUGCUUGUUCACGCAGGAGAAAAGCCUCAUGUGUGUGAGGUAUGCAACAAGUCAUUUAAUCGAAAGUCGUACUUAACGAGUCAUAUGCAUAGUCAUACAAAAGUGAAACCUCAUAUCUGUGAAGUAUGCAAGGCAUCAUAUCCUAAGAAGAGUCAUUUAAAUAAGCAUUUGCUUAUUCACACAGGAGAAAAGCAUCAUGUGUGUGAGGUAUGUGAUAAGUCAUUUUCUAUAAAAGGUAAAUUAAUGAAGCAUAUGCUUGUUCACACAGGAGAAAAGCCUCAUGUGUGUGAGGUAUGCAACAAGUCAUUUAAUCGAAAGUGGUACUUAACUAAUCAUAUGCAUAUUCAUACAAAAGUGAAACCUUAUAUCUGUGAAGUAUGUCAGAUAUCAUUUCGUCAUAAGAGUCAUUUAAAUAAGCAUCUGCUUAUUCACACAGGAGAAAGGCCUCAUGUAUGUGAGAUAUGUAACAAGUCAUUUAUUCAAAAGACUCACUUAAAUUGCCAUAUGCUUAUUCACACAGGAGAAAAGCCUCAUGUAUGUGAGAUAUGUAACAAGUCAUUUGUUCGAAAAACUCGCUUAAAUUACCAUAUGCUUAUUCACACAGGAGAAAAGCAUCAUGUAUGUGAAGUAUGUAAGAAAUCAUUUAUUCAUAACUCUGACUUAAAUAAGCAUAUGCAUUUUCAUACAGGAGAAAAGCAUCAUGUAUGUGAAGUAUGUAAAAAGUCAUUUAUUCGUAACUCUGACUUAAAUAGGCAUAUGCAUAUUCAUACAGGAGAAAAGCAUUAUCUAUGUGAGGUAUGUAAGAAGUCAUUUAUUCGACAGGCUGAUGUAAAUAGGCAUAUGCGUGUUCACACAGGAGAAAAGCCUUAUGUGUGUGAAGUAUGUAAGAAAUCAUUUGUUCAAAACUAUAGCCUAAAUAAGCAUAUGCGUAUUCACACAGGAGAAAAGCCUUAUGUGUGUGAAGUAUGUAACAAGUCAUUUAUUGACAGGUAUUGCUUAAAUGUACAUAUGCGUAUACAUACAGGAGAAAAACCUCCAUUUUCUUAUUCGCCAAAGAGAUGAACAUCUUAUUUGUGGAGUAUAUAACAUGGCAUUUAGUCCAAAGGAGUAACCUAAAUUUACAUCUAUGUAUUGUAAUUGAUAAAAAUUUCACUUAUAUAUGUGUAAAAAGUCAUUCAAAAAAGAAAUAAUUUAAAAACAUGCAUGUAUCUGUGCAGUGAAAUGUGUAUAAUAAGUGAAAAAUUUCGUUUAUAUGAUAUGUGUAAAAAGUCAUUAAAAAAAGGAAUAAUUUAAGAGAA